AUGCGCUCCGUCGUACGCCACGCCGCGCAAAUUACCAUUACCCCAGCGACUCGCGAAACACCUGCCUAUUCAAAGACCGCGCUCAUACUUCGGUCUUUAACCAAGUAUUUACCGAAUCGAAUCCAGAGCAUCGGUCCGUGGCAACAUGUCGUCGGGCUCGAGUUAGCUGAUAGUGAUCCUUUAAAUGCCGAACCGAUUGAUGUUAUAAUCGGUGCUGAUCUAUUCGGUAUGCUCGUUCUCGAUGGGAUUCGAAAGGGUUCUGAAAACGAGCCCACCGCGCAAAAUACCACAUUAGGCUGGAUACUCUCUGGACCCAUCACGCCGGUACCGAGUCAUGUAGCAAUCUCUGAGGUCGCACAUCACGGAGUUGUGCUCGAGACUCUCGAUCGCGAUCUUCGUCGGUUCUGGGAGAUCGAGGAGAUCCCUCAGACCACGUACCGAAGCCCUGACGAGCAACUAUGCGAGGAACAUUUCUUGCAAACCCACUCGCGAACGCCUCAAGGACGUUAUACCGUCAGGUUGCCGUUUAAAAACGGACCCUCUCUUUCGCUAGGAGAAUCUCGUGCGAUUGCCAUAUCGAGUUUCCACCGUAUGGAGCAACGGCUCCAACAUGACCCCUCCAAGGCUGCUGAAUACAGUGCCUUUCUCGAAGAAUACGAGAACCUCGGUCACAUGACCAAAAUCCAACCGACAGCUAUUGUCAAACCUACGCAAAGCUAUUAUAUACCGCAUCACGCUGUCUUGCGCGAUAGCAGCUCAACCACACGUUUGCGCGUUGUAUUUAACGCUUCGUGUCGUACCGCCAACGGCAUGUCGUUAAACGACCACAUGCUGAUUGGCCCCAAACUUCAGCGAGACCUAGCCACGAUCAUUCUACGGUGGUGCCAAUAUCGAUAUGUUUUUACCGGAGAUAUCGAAAAAAUGUACCGACAGAUUGCCGUUGACACGCGAGAUACCGAUUAUCAACGCAUUGUCUGGUGCUCGUCAUCCGAUAAACUCCUCUCUGAGUAUCGCCUGCUCACCGUUACCUACGGCACUGCCGCCGCUCCAUACCUCGCCAUUCGAGUCUUAGAACAACUCGCGCACGAUGACGGUUCUCAAUUUCCAUUAGCCGUCCCGGUUUUAUGCCAGCAGACGUAUGUCGAUGAUUGUGUUGUCGGGGCAGACGACAAGUUUUUAGCUUGCCAAACCCGCGAUCAAUUAAUAGCAUUACUACGCAAAGGGGGAUUUCGCCUACGAAAAUGGGCCAGUAAUGCUACCGAGCUGUUGUCCGAUCUCGACCCCGCCGAUCACGGCAUCGCGACUCAUAAAACCCUUCGCGAAGAUGAGCACAUCAAAGUGCUCGGCAUUACUUGGAAUCCGACGCUCGAUGUAUUUCAAUUUCACGUCGCGAUACCGUCGUCCGUCGGAACAACCAAACGCGCGAUUCUAUCGACCAUUGCAAGAUUUUUUGACCCUCUCGGAUGGGCGACUCCCGUGUUAAUUACCACAAAGUUAUUUCUGCAACAAUUGUGGUCUCUCCAAUGCCAAUGGGACGAUGACAUUCCCAGCCAACACCUUGACCAGUGGUCUGAGUACCACUCCCAACUUUCAUGUCUCAAUUCGCUGACUAUUCCCCAUUGGACCGCGUAUGGAUCGCAUACCAUUCACCGAGCUCUUAUCGGAUUUUCCGAUGCCUCGACCAAAGCCUUUGCCGCCGCCGUAUAUCUGCGAGUCGUGGAUGUCGACGGUUCGUAUCUCUUCUUACCGCGAAAACAAAAGUCGCACCGCUUAAAACCAUCAGUGUUCCCAGACUGGAGCUGUCCGCCGCGCUUUUGCUCGCUCGUCUGA